UGCCGUGGGAUGGUUGUGUUUUGUCCGGUUAUUAUUGAAAAAUAGAUAUAUCUUUAUAUUAAUAUUUUGUGACGGUUGUUUUUUGCAAUUAUGUUGUUUUUAUUGUAACACUAUAGCAUGAUGUGAGACAUCUUUUACUGUGUGUAAUGACCAUCUUAUGUGGAAAAAAAUGCAUUUUAAAUUCACAUUUUUAAAUGACUUAUCAAAGGUGUUUUUAAGGUUACUGUUAGUAUCAAAAAUUAGUGAAUGAAAUUAAGGUUUGAAUAUGAGUAAUGAAACAGUUGAGAUUUUGCGACAAGAGCGCGAUCUUCUGAAACAAGAAUUAGAAAGGAUUAAUUGUGAAUUUGAGCAGACAACACAUGAAAAAAAUUUGUCUGCUCAGUACGGACUUGUGUUGCUAGAUGAGAAACGAGCUCUACAACAACGUUGUGAAGAUUUGGAAGCUUGCUAUGAUAGCGUGAAAGCGGAAUUAGAUUUGUUGCGUGAAGCCUUGGCAAAGUAUCAAACAAGUCAAAAGGAAACUGCAACUAGUGGUAUUGAACAAGAGGAAAGCUUACUUCUGGAGACAGCUAGUAAGGAGGCAUCGUUUACUUCUGCUGUGCAAGAAUUAGAAAAAGAACUAAAGCAGGUUACUGUUAGUAUCAAAAAUUAG